UGACAUCAUCUGAAAGAUAAGAGAGGAGGCGGAGAAAAGAAUGUAGUAACUUUGUACCCUAGCUACUGAAUUCUGAUAACGCAUUAACAGGCAGGAGACUGCAAGCAUGUCGCUGAAUUAACAAGAUCGUUUAGGCUUGCAUAGUGGCUUGCAUAGUGGCACAAAAUAACUAUAUUGUAGACUAUCACUGGGCCGUCGCUAUUACAAGCCGCGUGACUCAUCAAUCCAGGUGCCUCUGUAGCGUUCAUAGCAGCUUUGUCUAUUGAAUAUAAAUAAGUGUUACAUAGAUACAGUUGCAAUGGCUGGAAUAACAUCUAUUGAAGCCGUGAAAAGGAAAAUUCAGACAUUGCAGCAACAAGCUGAUGAUGCGGAGGACCGUGCCGAAACGCUCCAGAGAGAGGUUGAUGCGGAGAGACAGGCCAGAGAGCGGGCAGAGGCAGAGGUGGCUUCCCUAAACAGACGUAUCCAGCUGGUAGAGGAGGAGUUGGACAGGGCCCAGGAGAGACUGGCCACUGCGCUGCAGAAGCUGGAGGAGGCCGAGAAGGCUGCAGACGAGAGCGAGAGAGGAAUGAAGGUGAUAGAGAACAGGGCGUCAAAAGACGAGGAAAAGAUGGAGAUCCAGGAGAUGCAGCUAAAGGAGGCCAAGCACAUCGCUGAGGAGGCCGACAGGAAGUACGAGGAGGUGGCCCGUAAGCUGGUGAUCCUUGAGGGUGACCUUGAGCGCUCUGAGGAGCGUGCUGAGGUGGCUGAGGCUAAAUCUGGUGAUCUUGAGGAAGAGUUGAAAAAUGUCACCAACAACUUGAAGUCUCUGGAGGCCCAGGCUGAGAAGUACUCACAAAAGGAGGACAAAUAUGAAGAGGAAAUCAAAGUUCUUACCGACAAACUUAAAGAGGCUGAGACGCGUGCUGAGUUUGCGGAGAGGUCUGUGGCCAAGCUUGAGAAAACCAUUGAUGAUUUGGAAGAGAAACUAGCUACAGCUAAAGAAGAGAACCUAGACAUGCACCAAACGCUGGACCAAACCCUCCUGGAGCUCAACAACCUAUAGAGCGAGCUCUGUCUGUCUGGGCCCAUGAACAAGAGGCCUAAAACAAAGCGAACGAAAAAAACACAAAGCUUUCAUAAUGCUCAUUGAUACACACUUGACCAAAUCCUUUCGUUGACUUGCCCCUUUGGGAACAGGACAGUCUUCACAUGGCUUUAAUAGUAGUAAAGGCUUACGAACAAGGCAUUCCGUUUUAGUUAAUGAGGGUCUCUUGCACACAUGCUAAUUAAUGGCAAACGCAUGCUGGCUACAGAAGUUAACAUGGUUCAGUAUAACAGCAGAACAGCAUAGAGUUGAAUGCUAUCGAGGUUGCUGUUUGUAUUUAGCAUGUGAUUCAAGUCUUUAAAUUGACAUCUCUUAUCUAAUCUGACCUCUGAGGCCUCCUUGAAGUGAAAUUGCAUUUGCUUUACUCUUUAAGCUUUGUUACCUCAAACUCUUAUUUUUUUUUAAAUCCAAAGUAUAAAGUUUUUGUAAUCCUUCAAAACAAAUAAAUGGUAAACAUAUUCUUUACUUACUAUUUGGUAAGAUGUGCCACUCAUUGUUUUAAUUAAUACAGUAUAGUAUGUGUAGAACUGACCCAAACAGGGAAAAAGACUAGCGUUCACGUUUUAAUAUUUGGACUAUUUCGGAUAAAUAGCAGUUUGUUAAAUGUACGUCUAGGGUAGUUUAUAUGGUUCAAAAUGACUAGCAAAGGUAUCAAAUAAUGUAAUACAAACUAAAUACAAUGGGGACAUUUAAUUUAGACACAGGAUUCUUUUGACAAAGUUUUUGAAUUUUCAAAAUUGUAGUGACCUUUUGGGGGUUUGGAUAAUAGUUUAAUAUUAGAUAUGAUUUUGGUAUUCUAAUCAUGAUGAUGUGGUACCUCAUGUAUUCUAAUCACUUGCCUUUUUUUUUUUCUUGACAAAGAUUUUUGAGAAUGCCCAUAGUUGUUACAAUCUGAAACGUCUCUUAAUUUUUGAAACACCUUCUCACUAAUUGGCCGGUUUAACUGUUACAUGGUCGUUCCACGAAACGAGUCUCUUUUUGAGUAGUGAAACUACUUGCUCAACCCAAUGUUUCCCCCCACAAAACACCACAAAAUGUCCAGAAAGACUAGAACCAGCUCACCUGCUUUUACACUGAUUUGAUUAUUAGAUGGGGGGGGGGGAUAUAUUAAAUAUUCACCAUAUUAAAACAAAAGUUCAGGUUACAGGAUUGACCUUAAAAUGAGGGACAUGUUUAAGUGUUUUACCUUACAAUGAUUCACUAUUCACAUGAAAUAGAUAAUCUUCCAAAUUGACUUUGUCAAAACAGCCAAAUUGACUUUUGAGGAUAAGUGAGUUAAAAUAUGAGAAGUCAAAUUGCAAAGGGACAUGUCAAAAUGCUGAAUGUUGGCGCUAACUCUUUGAUUAUAAAAAAAAAAAAUCUAGGUCUAUUAAAUGGCACUUCAUUUAAUAUGGCAGGCUUUUAAAAUCCAAUAUUGGUGCAACAUUUCUACUUAAUAUCAAAGGGAUGCAAAAGGGACUCAUUUUGUGGAAAUACCCUACAGCUGUAAACUUGUAAGGUUGAUUUCAAGCUCAUGUAAAUUAUAUCUUAAUGCACAUGUGUCAAUACUUCAGACUAGUCAGAAUGCUUAUCGGUCUGAAGGUUUUAAUUUGGGGGAAUUAUUCAAUAUUCUGGAGGUAUUAAAAUAAUUGUAUUAAGGUUUAUUACUCAUGUAUCCUAUGCAAUGAAUCAACUGUAUAAGCUCUUAAGAUGAUUAAAAAAUGGCCGGCAAAAUAAA